AAAAAUUAUUAACAUACUCAGUCUAUCUCUACCAUUUACCCUCUCCAAUACUACUACUAACAAUCACUUAAUCGUACGUGUUGAGGCAUGUUUAUCACAUUCAGUUAAUAGUGUGUCGUCAUCCUUCGCGGUUCAACUCAAGUAAUUCAGUAAAAGUCAUAUCGUUAAUAUCUCUAUGUAAUCAUUAAUUUUUGCUAUUACGAUUUACUGUUCAACAACUUUACUUCUACUGAAAAUAACUAUAACAUCUUUUUUUGAUUACAGUAAAUAACAGUUUUAAAACUAUCACAAUGUUUAGAAAAAAAAAAAAGUAAAACGAAAGAAUUUAUAAUAUUUUUCUAAGUUAUGAUGACUGAAUGGUGUUUUUUUGCAGUAAAAAAUAAUUAAAUAUGGCUACUACAAAGACAAGAGGAAUAAAAAUAACAGCCGUAGGAGAUGGUAUGGUUGGAAAAACAUGUUUGUUAAUUACUUAUACAACUAAAAAAUUUCCAACAGAAUAUGUGCCUACAGUGUUUGAUAAUUACUCAGACACAAUUAAUGUUGAUGGACAAGAAUAUGAUAUAGUUUUAUGGGAUACUGCUGGACAGGAAGACUACGAAAGAUUGAGACCGUUAUCAUAUCCAAAUACAGAUUGUUUUCUUUUGUGCUUCUCCAUAAGUGCACGAAGUUCAUUUGAGAAUAUUUUAAGUAAAUGGUAUCCAGAAAUUAAACAUCACUGCCCAAAUGUACCUAUUGUUCUUGUUGGAACAAAAGGCGAUUUAAGAAAUGAUGAAAAUAAAGAUAUAGUAUCAUUAAAGGAGUGUAGAAGGAUGAAAGAAAAAAUAAAAGCUUUUAAGUAUGUAGAGUGUUCUGCGAAAUUUCAGGACAAGUUAGAAGAAGUAUUUACCGAUGCCAUAAGAGCAGUCUUGAAAAAGUCAUACUCUAAAAAAUAUUGCUGCAUAAUAUAAUUAAUUUUAAUCGACCAUUAAUUUACACUAUUUCAACCUAAUGCAAUUAAUGAUGACUAAGUUUUAAAUUCGAUAAUGUUUCAAUUAAAAAAUAUUAACCAAAGAUUACACCGAUGUAAAUGAAAGUAUUCACUUCUCAACAAAAGUGUUAAUAGUCGUCUGUCUUAUUAAUAAUAUGUACAUUUGCUGUUAAAUUAACGAUAUUGAUCAUUACUUAAAAAUAAAUAAUUUUGUAUUACAAUCAA